GAUUCAUAUGCUUUGAUUAUACUUUAUAUUACUCCAUCGGACACAUCCUAAGCCUUGUAGAAACCACCAGAAGAAGAGAGAAAGCAGUACCGCGAAAAUGUCGAAAACUUCAUCGGCUUCCAUCCUCCUACCGUUGCCGAUUGUCUUCCUUCUCCUGACAGUUGUCUGUAAGCCGAGCACCGCAACUCCGUGCACGCCUCCGCCUUGCCAAGGAAAGCAAAGCUGGCCGGAGCUCGUCGGGAAGGACCAGGACACGGCGUACUUGGUCAUAAAGCGCGAGAACCCGCAGGUGACGGACGUCGUGUUCUUGGUCUCGGAUGUGCUUGGGCAUGUUCUCGACAAGAAGGGUGUGCUUGAGGCAGCCGGCGACGGCGACUUGUGCUGUAACCGUGUGGUUGUGGUGGUUGGCGCUCUGCCCUCCGGCGGUGAUGGGGUCACCAAGGUGCCAAAAGUCGGAUAGAUGCAGUGCGUGUUGUACUUGCACAAGUAAAUGGUAACAAGUUUUAUAAUAAAGAUGCUGAAGGCUUCCAUCCCA